ACAGGUAGCGAGCUUGUUGACACCGUUAUGUUGCAGAGCGCAUGCUCACUCCUAAGUUUCCUGGUGCCUUUUCUAUUCCACCUUAUGAAACUUUUUCCCCGGCGUGGUCUCACCCGCGAUUUAAGGCAUAGGUGUCGCCGAGCCGGAAGGCUGGGAGUCGCUAGGCGAGCGGGGGAGAGGCCUGGGCCGCGUCGCGGCUGGGGGUGGAGAGAGAGGGCAGGCGAGGCGGGAAGGCGGGCUCCGGCCGCCAGGAGCCGGGGACCAAGCCGCCGCCGCCCCUAGCGGGAAGCAGCUGGGAGGAGGGGGUUGCAAUCGGGAGAGGGGACCCCACCAUGCCCAAAGUCUUCCUGGUGAAGAGGAGGAGCCCGGGGGUCUCGGUCCGCAGCUGGGAUGAGCUCCCGGAUGAGAAAAGGGCAGACACCUACAUCCCAGUGGGCCUGGGCCGCCUGCUCCACGACCCCCACGAGGACUGCCGCAGCGACGGCGGCAGCAGCAGCGGCGGCAGCAGCAGCAGCAGCAGCGCGGGGGAGCCUGGAGGCGCCGAGAGCAGCUCGUCCCCGCACGCCCCCGAGCGCGAAACCCCCGAGCCCGGCGACGCCGAGGGCCCCGAUGGACACCUGGCGGCGAAGCAGCGCCCGGUUGCCAGGUCGAAAAUCAAGUUCACCACAGGCACAUGCGGCGACUCGGUGACCCAUAGCUGUGACCUGUGCGGCAAGGGCUUCCGCCUGCAGCGCAUGCUCAACCGUCACCUUAAGUGCCACAACCAGGUCAAGAGACACCUGUGCACCUUCUGCGGCAAGGGCUUCAAUGACACCUUCGACCUGAAGAGACACGUCCGCACGCACACAGGCAUUCGUCCCUACAAAUGUGAUGUCUGCAACAAAGCCUUCACCCAGCGCUGCUCCUUGGAGUCCCACCUGAAGAAGAUUCACGGGGUGCAGCAGCAGUACGCCUACAAGCAACGCAGGGACAAGCUCUACGUCUGCGAGGACUGCGGCUACACGGGCCCCACCCAGGAGGACCUGUACCUGCACGUGAACAGCGCCCACCCGGGCAGCACGUUUCUCAAAAAGACAUCCAAAAAACUGGCGGCCCUUUUGCAGAGCAAGCUGACGUCCACACACCAGGAGAAUACCCACUUGAGUGAGGAGGAGGAGAAGCAGUGAGGAGGAAGAGAAGCAGGAGGGGAGAGAUGCCAACACUGCCACGUUUACACGGAUUUUUGGUUUUGAGGGUCCCCCGACCCACUGGCUCUUCUUAAUUACAAGUGUUCAGUUCACCUCUCUGUCCUUUUGGGACAUGGGCACAGUAGGGUCCGUUCCAAAGUUGUCAAUUAUGGUGGUGAUGUCAGGCCCUGUAACACACGUGCCAUCAGACACAGUCACAUGCAUAUUACCAAAGUGUGUUUUCCAUAUUCCUGAUGGCCACGAUCACCGUGUAGGAUUUUUUUUUUUUUUUUUUUUUUUUUAGGAUUUUCACACAUGGACGGAGAGGUAUUUCUUAGCUGAGCUCAUUACGGUGCCUUGAAAUAAAAGUACUUCCACUUGAAAUGCUA